GUGGCUUUGCCUUUCUACAAAUGUCCUGAUGCUGAGCUACUCGACGACGCCACAGAAUUCACUCGGGAUGCUGCAUUAUCAAGUCCAUCUGAUUAUGCUCACCCUCUUCGUAAUAAAAACUCACAUUUCAAGAUUAUGCAUCUUAAUACAAAAGCCUUAGCGUCCACUUUUAACGAGUUUCUACUAACUGUCAACAUUUUCCCGCAGUAAGAUAUUAUCGCCUUCAGCGAAGCCUGGUUAAGAGACCAGCCACAGUUACCACAAUACGUAUCGGUACCUGACUUUACAACUAAGUUUAGAAACAGGCAAGGCUUGAAAGGAGGAGGUGUCGGCGCCUACUUCAAAGACAAUAUAAUAUAA